AGAGUGUUUUUGUUCUGUGUAUUGUGUGUCCGAAGGCGGAAAGAAAUGCAAAAAUCAAGAUAACUUGCUAUAAAUCAUUGAUAAGCAAUCGCAUUGAAUUCGCACUGCAUAAAAUAUAUUGUGCAACACAAGCGUAAUUAAUUAUAUAACACACAAGCUCCUUAAAAGAAACAGUGUAUAAUUCAAAAUGAUGGCGCAUAAAUAAACUAAAUUAACACGACAACAAUAAAUAUUGGUGAUAAAAAUAAAUGCGUAAAGUGUGAAAAUAAUGUGAAGGCGUGGAAAUAGACGACAAAUACUCAUACUCGAAGCAAUAAGAAAUAAAAUAAACAAACGGCAAAAAAGAGGUGUAAAAUAAAGUACUCAAUAUACUCGUAAAUACACGGUUUUGAUAAAAAUAAAGUUACGAGCGAAUAAAACAAUACAUGCGCAAAACUUGAGAGGAAAGCCAAAAUAGAGACUAGCAAAAUAUUCUACAUAUUUAUUUGAAUAACAAUCACAUAUAAGAGCAACAACUACAACGAUGCCGGAAGCCACAUCAACUUUCCCCUUUGUGUACACACCGGAACCGCCUAAGAAGGCGCCCAUCAUAAAACUCUCAUGUGGCAUCGGCGAUACGGAUGGAUUUCCCGCCUUUGAUGUAGAUUCGGACGCCUAUGCGGCUAAAGAUGAUCCCAAAUGGGGUUUUCUAAUCACAGGUGGCGCUGAGUUUCACAUGCCUCUAACCGUAUUUCAGGUGACGCCAGACGGUUUAGCGGACAAAGGUGGCAUCCGUUUGGGUGAUAUUAUACUAGAAAUUAACGAAGAAGACGCUACUGAGCUUACACUUACUCAAGCGCAUGAGAAAAUUGCAGCUUGCGGCAAGAAAAUCCAUUUCCUUGUGAAGAACAUGGAGGAAGAUCCAGAUUUCGAGUUGGGCGAGGAAAAGUCUAUUGUGCUGCGUGUGCCAAAACCGGCACCACCGCCGAAGGUGAAAUCGGCUGCUUCAAUAGAGGCUCGCCUGCGCGAGAUGCAACGUAAAUUAUCGGAAAUUGCGGAAAUACCGAAAAUACUCUCCUCCACACUCGCCACUGUGUCGCAAACAUUCGAGAAAUUGAAUCCCAGUGAUUUGCAGCAACACCGCAAGCAUUCCUACGAUGAGGAUGCACUAGAUUACGAGCUAAGUGGCGCCAACGCCGAACAACGUCUCAAGUUGAAGGCUAAAGGAAAAGCAAACGCCAAAACCGCUGAGCCAUUCGGCGGCGCGAAAAUGUACUUGGCAAAAGACUCGACGCCGGAAUCGGAUUAUGCAUCGGAAGGCAAUUAUGAAUCAAAUGAAGCAGACACGGAUGACGAUUAUGACAUUGCUGAUGGCGGCGACGGCGACGGCGGCGGUGAUGCUGACGAUGAUGAUGAUGAAAAUGCUUGCGAGGGUAGAAAUAUUAAAGAACGUAAUGGAGCGAGCAAAGCAGCCUAUUUUGAGCACGUUGAAAGUGGAACAAGUAAUUACAAUUCGCGCGCAAGGGAUCCGGUAAAAAACAAGGCUGGCAGUGAGGCAGAAGCCGCCAUACCAUAUGCGUUUCUGACACGAAUGCGACCGGCCAAGUCGAGUCUGCCGCAGCGCAAACAAUAUAAGCAACAACAUCAUCACGACAAUGUCAAUGACAGCGCUAAUGUUGUUGUAAGUGACAAAGAUUACGACGAUAUAACGACGACGGAUGAUGAAGCUCAGGAUUAUGCCGAUGAUGAUGACAACGAGGAUUCUGACGAAGAUGUUGUAACAGCCAGACUCGUUAGUGACGACUCAGGUAGUGAGGUUGAAACGGAAGUCGCUGACGUGGCAGGCAAUGGUGAUGACGACGAUGACGAUGCCAUUGAUGAUGACGAAGCGACGGAUGAUGACGAAGAUUUCCUAACUGCCACCUACACCUGGAAUUUGAACAAAAUACCUAAGUUACAGUUGAAUGACGAGAAACAAUCGGGCGACGAGAGCAAUUCAUAUAAGGAUCAGAUUGACAUGGAUGACACGGACGAGGAAAAGCCGAAAAAAAAAGCGCGUUGGUGCCAUGCUGACGAUGACUUACAGAAGGAAAAACAUUUGCAGUGGGUCGAUGAGGAGGACGAAAAAGAGAAGAAGUUUGCCGAUAAAUUGGAGCGCUCUUGGCCUUGGGCAGAUCGAGAAAAGAUUAUUUACAAGCAAUCAACUUGUCACCUGGUACGUCGCCGUCCUUUGGGUUUGGUUGAGCAGCGCAUCAAAUUAUUGGCUAAACAGAAUCUCAGCGACAGCUUGGAACGACAGCUGCAGUGAAAUUAAAUCAUUGCUUGGACAGGUUAUUGGCAAUAGUUCCAUUGACAUUGCGGAAUCGAGUUGAUAUGCUAUGAGAACUGCCAUUAUUAAUAUACCGCUAGUCAAAUACAUAUUAUAUAUUGUUUAUAUAUUCCUUAUAUUUAUCGAAAGAAUGUCAUAUUAAAUCGUUAUUUAGCUAUAUUAGCGCCCAUUUGCAUAUUUCAUUUUGAAUAAAGCGUUGUUUUUGAAA